AUGGCCAAUUUCCAGUCCACUGCCUCUGUUCCCCAGGGAUUCUCCGUUUACCAGCCUAUGCUCGGUGCCCCUCUGCAGUUCUUCCCUGCUCUCGGAACCAAGCAUCUCGAUGAUUUGAUGGACGCUUACUUCCCUGGCCCUGCCUCUAUCAAGGAGAAGCGCGCCACCAUCUCUCUCGACUUCCUCGACCACAUCCAGAGGACCGGCGAGACCUUCAAGUUCUACGCCGUCGCUGGUCUUGUUGCCUCUCCCGAGUCUCCUGCUAGUGUCUCCACCUCCUCUCUCAAUGUCAGCCCUGUCACCUCAAAUUGGGACUGGAGUUCCAUCAAUGGUUCUUCCACCCCUCAGUCCUCUCGCAAGGCCAGCAUCGCUUCCUCGCGUCAACAGCAGCCCGCUGCUGACUUCUCCCACAUGCCUGGGAUGAAGAUCAUGACCAAGGAAGGUGUUGAUGUGACCAACUCUGCUUCCCGCGGUUCCAAGACCAAGGAGCAGCGCGAUCAUGCACAUUUGAUGCGCAUUAUCAAGGCCUGCGACAGCUGCCGAAAGAAGAAGGUCAGAUGCGACCCUAGUCAUAAGAAGCGCGGUGGUGCCUCGCCGGUGGCUGCUCCAUCGACCGCCAAGGUGGUGAAGAAGACCAAGGUGACGCGACAGGAGCCAACAGUGGCCAAGGCCCUCCCAAUGGCCAUGGAAUCAGUGCCACCACCUGCACCUUCGAUAGACUUCGACUUCUCUCUUACAUCUGACCUUGACACAUUCAUGCCUCUCGACUUUGCCCAGCAGCAGCCUUGGGAAGACCUCAUCCAAUAUCCUGUUGAGGAGCUCGACGAGAACUACGACUUCUUCUUCGACCCAGAGGGAUACAUCUCAUCCGGGUCCGCCAGUUUCUCUACCCCAGAAUCGCAACCCAUCCGCCACUCUAUUUCGCCAAACUCGAUCCACGAGAACGUUGUUUCUGGCCUUCAGGAAGCAUAUGCUGGCACCGAUUACUUCAGUGUUGAUCAACAUGCAGUGAAUGCUACCCCAGCGGGCGACUUCAACAUUCCUGUUGACGCCGACUACACCGAUUUCAACCUAUAUUCACCUCAGUCUACCUUCUCAGAGGAUGAUCGCAUGCUCUCAGUUGCAUCGUCGACACCCUCUAGUUCAUCAGGUGAAAACACCGAAGGCGAUCUUGGACGCUACAGAGCUCCUACGCAAUCACCAUUAAUAUAUGGUGGCGAUGGCUUCGAUGAUGCACAUGGCACGAUGCACCUGCCAAGUGAGGCAGAACAAUUAGUGGUCGGCGAUGGCCAGGAUCACAAUAGGCUACUAUCUCCCGCAAUCGAUCAAGGAGGGCUUUAUUAUAGGACGUCAGAUCAUCUGAAUGCAUCUGCGAUCCAAUCUGCGCCUGCCGAUUCGAUGUUACGCGAUGGCCACACGGUAUGGAGCUCCCUUUUGGCUUGGUCUGGACAGCGACUAACUUCGGAGAAGAUAUCAUCUAGCCGAUCUGAGCAAGAAGCAUUUGCGGCAAGCCUGCAUAAUGUAUCAUUUGCCGAUAGCAUUCACUCGACUGGAUCCGAGAUUCUCUCUACGAGCGACAGCGAAUCAUCUCUCAGCAGCAGCCGUGGCUCUCAAUCACCUUCGGUGGCUGGCCUUGACGAAUCUGCAUUCACUGGCGUUGACUCCGUUGUCGAGUCACGAGAAAUAACGAACCUAGAAGCCGCGUCGAGGAUUAGGAACGUCGUACAAGAAGCAGCAUAUGCUGACGAUCAACAAAUUGUUGGCGAUGAUCAACAUGCGACAAUGGUAUGGCAAUUGUUCACCCCAAAGACUGGUGUGAACUUGGGACUAACAGGACUGAAGCAUGCGGUCUUCGCAAUUCGGGAACAAUCGCGGACGGCAACGUCGCACGAUGAUUCUCACUCCUCCGUUGAUCUGCUGCAUAGGCAACAGCUACAGCACUUACUCGCAGUAGAAGCAAAUGCGAACGGCCUUAAAUCCUCCGCCGCCGCUGCCGCUCAAGCUGGCCGUGCCGACCGAUCCACUGGCCAGUCGUCUGUUCCUCUGCCAUCAGUUUUACUUCGCCAGCGCCACGGCCUUGUCCGAAGUAAGCUGCCGACAAGCACGAGUGCACUACUACCACAGCCUUCAGAUCCACGGGCCACGAUAGCAUUCUACGGCCUAGGCCUAGCGCUACUGGUGGCCCAGGCUGCUUCAGCGUGGAACUUCAUGAUUGCGAUGGCAACUGCCAGCGUGGUAGCAGCUUCGUGUCUCGGCCAAGGAUGGUCGUCGACCAAAUCAACGGAACGCAAAGCUCUGAAGGCAUCUCAAAGCCUUCUGUCCACCGUCACUCGCGAGGCGAAUGCCUCAAGAUUAACGAAUACGUACACACAUAUGCGUGUGCCGCUACAUGGACGCCAAUUGGUCCAGGCUUUCUAA